AUGAAAUUAGAGAAAAUGUACAAAUUAUUCAGUACAAAACUAGGUAAACCCAUCAUAAAACCAAAAGAGAAGGAAACAGACGAAAAGAAGGAAGAGAAAAAGGAACAAAGUGGCGAAUAUGCCCCAUGGAAUAGCAACAUUCUGCCGGAAACAGCCUAUUCCAAGGACAAUUCCCUGAAAAAUCAGUCAGAAAAUGAUGAAAUUAUGAAAAUGAGUGUAGGAAACAAGAAAAUGGCAAACAUUCUGCAUGCAAUUGAUCUAGAACUGAUUAAGAAGAUUGAUGCAUCUGAUUUGGUGAGUUAUGAUGGAACUAACUGCACACAGGGUGUCACACACCUGAUUAAUGCAAAUAGGGGAACCCAGAAUUAUCUGAAGACAUUCGAGUACAAAGACCUUAAGAAGAUGGCUAAGGAAGCAGAAUUGCUUAAGAACUACAACAUAAUUCGGAUGAUAGUCACAUCAAUGGAGACAAAGGAGCUGGAUCACAAGAAAAUAACCGAACUGAAGUUCUAUAGGGAUUUGUUGGAGAAGCAGGAACGGGGCGUGAUUCCAUUUGAGUGGAUGCUAAAGGACUGUGAGGACAGCAACAUGAACGUGGAGAGUGCAGUUGCGUCCAUACGGUUCUGUAGAAUUGUGGAGAAGUUGAACGAUAUGCAGGAGAUUGAGACAAUAUUUCCACUAAAAGAGAAACAUAGGCAUUUUGCGUAUUCUAAGAUGCAUAAAUUCAUGGAGGGUGAAACAGAAGAGACCAAAAAGAGAGUCACAGUCAAAGAAUCACUCUACCUGGUGAUAUGA